AGCUGACCGGCCUCCUGCAGCACCAGUGCAGUGCAGACUGCAGGCGCUGCGGGGGAGCCCAUGUUUCCCAUCCUGGGCUGCAGGUUUCUUCUCUUGCAGCUGUCCUCCUGGUAUGCAUAAUUGAUAAUCACAGCUGGAGGGCAGAGCGUCUGUGGAGAGAUGGACAGUCAGCCGAGCGGUUGGAAGGAUAAGGUUGUUGACCUCCUUUACUGGCGAGACAUUAAGAAGACAGGAGUGGUGUUUGGUGCCAGCUUGUUCCUGCUGCUUUCAUUAACAGUGUUCAGCAUCGUGAGCGUGACAGCUUACAUUGCCUUGGCCCUGCUUUCUGUGACGAUCAGCUUUAGGAUAUACAAGGGAGUUAUCCAGGCAAUCCAAAAGUCUGAUGAAGGCCACCCGUUUAGGGCUUACUUGGAGUCUGAUGUAGCUGUGUCUGAAGAGCUUAUUCAGAAAUACAGUAAUGUUGUGCUUGGUCACAUUAAUGGCACAGUCAAAGAGCUGAGACGUCUCUUCCUAGUCGAUGACUUAGUUGAUUCUCUGAAGUUCGCAGUGUUGAUGUGGGUGUUCACUUAUGUUGGUGCCUUGUUUAAUGGUCUGACAUUACUGAUCCUGGCUUUGAUUUCGCUCUUCAGUGUUCCUGUUAUUUAUGAGAGACAUCAGGCCCAAAUUGACCAUUAUUUGGGACUUGUGAACAAGAAUGUCAAGGACGCGAUGGCUAAGAUCCAAGCAAAGAUCCCCGGGUUGAAGCGCAAAACUGAGUAAAAAGCCUGAAGCAACGUAUCAAUAGGAAGUUCAUCUUUAAAGGGGGAAAAAAUACUCAUUUGGAUUUAAUGGAGAGGGUCAGGGAAUAGCAAAACCCUUGACAUUGCAGUGCAAUUUCACAGAUCUUUAUUUUUUAGCAACGCAGUGUUUGAGGAAAAAAUAACUGUUUUGACUGCCAUGUGUUUCAUCAUCUUAAGUAUUGUACGCUGCUAUGUAUGGAUCUAAAACUAAUCAUCUUUAUCCUGUGUGCAGCACUGGCUAAUACAAAAGAUUUGAGAAAGCUGUACAUUUUGCUUCAUCAGCGGUAGUCCCUGCUGCGUUCCAGAAGAGGUAGUGCAGGUGGAGCGGAGGGUAACACUUCCCCGUUUGUGCACUGUGUAUGGUCUGUGUAGAUGGAUGCAGAUUUUCUAAAAUGAGAUGUUUUAGAAGAAUAUACCAUUUUAGCAAGUUUUGAAAAAUCUUGCCUUUUUGGUAUGAGUAUAGCUGUAUUGUGAUUUUAUUGUUUUAUCAAUUGCCAAUAUAUAUAUAUAUGUGUUUCACAAAGCUUAGAUCUUUCAGCUGCUCCACAGUGCUUCAUACUUCAGAGACCUGACUGAUGUCUGGACUAGCUCCCUAGCACACAAGCUUGAAAAACUAAGAUGUCUCUGUAAACACUAGCAUCUGUUUAAAAAAAAAAAAGAGAAAUGAACAAAGGAACAUCCACAUAUAUUAAAAGAAAAUUACAGCAUACACUUUGCACAACAGUACAGUAGUUGAUUUUGAGCAAAUAAUUCUACAGUCUCUCAAACUCUGAUAAUCUGUGGACCGAAUAUCUAAUGCUGCAAAUGUUGUUUGGAAACUUAAAACCUUGUUAUGCAAGAAAUGUUAAGUGAAAAUUUAUACAGUUGCAGUUUAAGCUGUAUUGAACUAAGUCUGUGGAAUGCAUUGUGAAAUGUAAAAAAAAAAAAAAAAAACCACAA